AUGUUGUCGGAGGAGCGAAUCGACUCAUGGCGGCAGCGCGUUCCGACUCGUCUUAAUCGCGAUGAUCCUUUUAACGGCGAUGGAUUCGGCGAGCGCCCUGCAACACGACUGACUUUUCGUGAAGCUUCUCCACCUCAACGUCGUCCUUCUACACGACUGAGUUUCCUUCGUGCAGCUACACCUUUGUUUGGGCGUUCUUCUACACCCUCUAUUCGUCCUGCUUCAGGCUUGACUGAACGACGUGCGGGGAGUAACCGACGCAAUCUGCUCACUCUUCUCAGUCGCAAUCGCAAGAGAAAGACAGAGGAAGCUGAGAUUCCUCGUGAGCCUGUUCGCUUGAACUUUUUGUUUGUUGUCGGUCUCGUUAUGGCUACUUCCCUCAUGCAAUCUGAUGCCUUUGCCCGUCCACUGUACGAGACGUAUGUCAGCGAUCGAGUCUAUCACGACCAGCCUUUGACCUACAUCGAAUGGGACGCCAUAUUCCUCUGUUUUGACAUUUCGGACAAGAUGUCCAUGUACACAAUCAUCCAAUGGUGGCAUCAUGCUUCUAAUCAUGGAUUCGCCAAGACGCCCACUUUUGAACCACUUUUGUAUCUUGUUGGUCUCAAGAAGGAUAUUCGCGAUCAGUGCUUUUUGGAAGAUCAUCGAACUAGCUCCGCAAUGGAUUUGUCUUCAGAAUUGAUGGCAUAUCCUACUUGCUGCGUCUGCCCUACAGAGGCAUCAUGGCAGGCGAUGCGAAUCGGAGCAAAGAAAUACAUUGAGUGUUCAGCUGCCACCGGUGAAGGAAUGAAGGACGUGAUUGAUGGCUCUGGACGAGACGCUAUGAGAAAGAUUGUUGGCGAUGAGUGGCUCGAAGAUGAGGUUGUUGCCCCCAAGAAGAAACGUCGGUUCAUCUAA